CAAGAUCCAGCGAGGAACAACUGCUCGUUCAUGGCGGCCCACUAAAAUAAUCAAACCUUUCAACUAAUCUCUGAUUUUGAAUGUAAGUCUUUCAAAUUACUCCUUCCAACAAGCUCAAACUCCGUCGAUUUCAAAGAUUUUUCUGUUUGGAUGAAUAUUUGAAGCUUUUCGAAUUCACAGCGAUUUGUUUAUAUAUAUAAAAAGAAAACGGUGGUUUAGAGUUGAAGGUGAACUUUGAUGGCAAGAAUAAAGCCUCAGGCGUUGUUAAUUCAAAGCAAAAAGAAGAAAGGGCCAACUCGGAUCAGUGUUACUACAAUUCUUUUUUGCAGUUUAAUCGUUCUAUCGAUUUUGUUGUCCUUAAUUACUACGUACAAGCAUUGGUCUCAAAGGUCAAGGGGUCAAACAGGAACUGGGUUGUCAAAUUUUGAGAAUGUGGAUGAGAUUGCAGAUUCAAAGAAGUAUGAUCUUCCUGGAUAUGCUGUUCUAAAUACAUCAAAAGGCAAUAUAACUAUAGAACUCUUCAAAGAUGGUUCCCCUGAGAUUGUCGACCAAUUUCUUGACUUGUGUCAAAAGGGACAUUUCAAGGGCAUGCCUUUCCACCAUGUGAUAAAAAACUAUGUGAUUCUAGGAGGACAUUCACAAGAUUCUGGAGGCAUUGAAGAUUGGACAUCAAAAAGAAAGUUUCACAGACGGCUGCCCACAAGUCCAAAGCAUGAAGCUUUUAUGCUUGGAGCUACAAAGAUUAAAGAAGAUAGCAAAGCAUUUCAGCUUUUUAUCACAACUGCACCAAUACCGGAUUCAAACGACAAACUAUAUAUGUUCGGACGAGUCAUCAAGGGUGUAGAUGGGGUUCAGGAAAUUGAAGAGGUUGAUACCGAUGCGCAUUACAGGCCUAAAUCUCCUGUAGGGAUCAUCAAUGUGAUACUGCAACAAGAAAUUUGAGUCUUUUCAUUUAGUCACUGUAAAGAGAUUACCUAUAGCAAUCCUAUUAAGUAAUUAGACUUCUCCUCACUAUUUGUAGUCUUUUUAUAUUCAUAUGAGACACAAAAUUUUGAUUCAUAGUUGGAGUGAUUAAAUACAUCUUUGUAUUAGUUCACAUA